AUGCCUCCUCGGGAUGCGUCAUCGACAACAACUCCGAUUAGUGCAGACGUAAAUGAAGGAAGAACGCUUAAAAAUCGGCCAAAAGCUAGCGCACUUCGACAGCAAAAGCUUCCUGCUUGGCAGCCGAUUCUAACAGCGUCCACUGUCAUUCCGACAGUUCUCGCUAUCGGCGUGAUUUUCAUUCCAAUCGGAAUCGCGCUGUUUCUCGCUUCAAAUUCGGUUCAUGAAAAGGAAAUUGAUUACACAAAUUGCGGAAAUCCAUGCUCGCUGUCAUUCAAUCUCGAUCAAGAUUUUACUGGUGAUGUGUACUUGUAUUAUUAUCUCGAAAACUACUAUCAAAAUCAUCGACGAUAUGUGAAGAGUCGAAACGAUCAGCAGUAUUUGGGAAAUUUAGAUAGUACUUCUGACUGCGCUCCAUUUGACAAAGAUGCUUCUGGAAAACCGAUUGCGCCUUGCGGAGCCAUUGCGAAUUCAAUAUUCAAUGAUACGUUCACUUUGACAUACGCCAAUGGACUAUCUGUUGCUCAGGUGCCGGUUACAGCCGAAGGCGUCAUAUGGGAUGUGGACAAAAAUCGCAAAUUCAAAAAUCCUGACAUUCCACCCGGUGGUGAUUUGUGCACUGCUUUCGCAGGAACGGUCAAGCCACCAAAUUGGAGUGUUGAGCCAUGCCGAAAUGGAGGAUUCGAAAACGUGGAUUUCAUUGUUUGGAUGCGAACUGCCGCUCUACCAGACUUCCGAAAAUUGUGGAGAAUUUUGGAUCGGUCUUCUCCGGUGCCGGCUGGCAGUCCGAAUUUCCAGAAUGGUCUUCCAGCAGGAUCAUACGUUUUGAAUGUGAACAACAAUUAUCCUGUUAAAUUGUUCGGCGGAAAGAAAAAGUUCAUCAUCUCCACUACUAGCUGGGCGGGAGGAAAGAACAGCUUUCUCGGGAUUGCUUAUUUGGUUGUCGGAUCGUUAGCAAUCGUGCUUGGAGUGGUUUUCAUCAUUAUUCAUAUCAAAUAUGGGCACUCAAUGAGCGAGCUGAGCAAUAUCAAUGGAAUGCACUAA